CAAAUGAGUGUAAAAUCAAGACCGACGACUGCUUCUACUACCGUUACAAAGAGCAGUAAAAGCAGUAACAAAGUUUUUGAAGAUGAGAAGAAGCAGGACAUUCCCUCUGGUAGAAAAGGAAUAAUUUACGACGGACCAGACGGUAUCUGGCAUCAUAGAGUUCGAGUUGAACAGCCUAUGUUUAUCGGAGAAACAGCCAGAUCAGGACAAAUUACGAAUUCAGUGUCGUAUUUGUUUAAGGCGGCUCCAAACGCUUCAUUUCCGAAAGCGAAGAACGGCAGACCAGGAGAAACUGGAUGGGAAGUGGAAAGAGGUUUUCCACGUAUGGUCAAUAACCUCUGAGAAUGGCAAAGAAAGUAUUCCUUGACAAACUAAAACAGUAUUAUUAGUAUAAGCAAAAGAAAAUUGAAGAGAGUAUAAAGCAUUUUCCCCAGUCAUAAAGUUUUAAUGAUUUAAUUAUUGAUUAGAAAAGAUAAAGAUUUUAAUGAAUAAACGAAUUAAUGAUCAAUGAAA